CCCACUUCACCACCACCUCCUGGCCCCUGUCUAUGGAGCGGUUGGUCUCCCACCCAUCCACAGUCCCGCCAGUGUACAGUCGACAGCAGUAGGUGCCUCUCACCUCGGAAGGUGCCUCAGAGGACUGACAGGAUCUCAGCAGUGCGCUUGUUGCAGCGGAGGCUCCAGCAGGAUGGCCAACUCGACGCGUAUCUUUUGCAGUAUGGUUUUCAUCAUCGGGCUGCUCUCCUCUCCCGUGGAUUCAAAAAGAAAUCGGGGUUCACAAGGCGCCAUUCCUCAUCCUGACAAAAGCAACCCAAACGAAUCGGAGCAGCAACCGCAGCCUCCGCAGGCGGGCUCCGGGUCCCGGCAGAGGCAGGGCUCGUCCUCGCCGGCCGACGAGGUGCUGGAGUCCAGCCAGGAAGCUCUGCAUGUGACGGAGCGCCAGUAUUUGAAACGGGACUGGUGCAAGACGCAGCCGCUCAAACAGACCAUCCACGAGGAGGGCUGCGUCAGCCGCACCAUCAUCAACCGCUUCUGCUACGGACAGUGCAACUCCUUCUACAUCCCCAGGCACAUCCGCAGGGAGGAGGGAGCCUUCCAGUCCUGCUCUUUCUGCAAACCCAAGCGUUUUACCACCAUGACGUUUACUUUGAACUGUCCGGACCAGCAGCCACCCACCAAGAAGAAACGCAUCCAGCGCGUCAAACAGUGCCGCUGCAUAUCCAUAGACCUGGACUAAAACACACACUGAGAGGUGUUGUGUGUGUUAGUGUGUGUGUGUUUCAUAUUCUUAUUCGCGGACAAGAUUGUUGGUAUAGAAAAAGAGAGGCUGUCAC